AUGCGCAAGAGUGCAGACUCGUUCGACAUUGUCAUCGACAGAACAAGGACGUGUAGCAACUGCAAGACGAGCCCAGCCAACGUAGUCGAAGACUUUGACGGAGGCAUGCUCAUCUGCCGCGACUGUGGGAUGGUGUUCAGAGAGGCUGUGCUCGACUACCGCGAGGAGCGGCGGAGCAUCAAGUCGGACGAUGGUAACGAGAAGGAUCACUCGCGGUCGACAGCUACCAACAACACUCUCCACACAUCGGGCCUGGGCACAGUGGUAGGCAAGGUCCGCGGACGCGCAUUCAUGACCAAGGCCGAGAAGCAGCUGAAGAAGCGCAAGCAGGAGGCGAUGCCGGCCAUCGACAGGCUGCUGCUUCAGGGCAACGACUGCAUCCGGACCUAUGCCGAGCACCUGCAGGUCCCGCCCAAGAUCACCGACAUUGCGCAAAAGCAGUUCAAGGAGUUUGUGGAGAAGAUGACGCCCGUCGGCGCGAGAGCCAUGGGCAACGAGCCGCCGGUCAAUGCUGUCAACCUCAAGCCCAUCAAGAACAAGAACACCAACCUGCCCGAGUACGCCGCCGUCGCACUCCUCUGGGCAUGCCGCCUUGAAAAGGUGCCGCGGACGCUCAAGGAGCUGCACAAGAUCCUCAAGAUCAAGCAGAAGAAGAUCCGCGCUGCCCUUAAGGCCUACCGCAACAUCGCCGGCCUCUCCGACGCCGCCAAAACCUCGCACGCAGACUACCUGGGCCGUUACGUCUCUGAGGUCGGCAUGUCGCACGCCCUCAUUCGCGUGGCCCAGGCCGCCGCCAACAACGUCAAGCACAUCGACGAGCUCUCCGGCAAGCGCCCGCAGACCAUCUCCGCCGGAAUCAUCAUGCUUGUUGCCACCAUCGCCAACGAGAACAUCAGCGUCGAUCGCAUCACCGCCACCACAGGCGUCGCCGCCACCACCGUCACCAAGACCCACCAGACUAUGGUCUCGCACCAGGAACAGCUUCUCCCGCGCGACUUUCUCCUCAAGUACGGCAUGCUGCCGUCGUCGUCAACAGUCCCGCCGCAGUAGACGCCACAGAACCUCAUUGUAUCCAUGGUCACAAUGAUGAUGAUGACCAUGACCAUAGCCAUUGUAAAGGAAUAACUUUGACCGGGA